ACAGAGUUUUGUUAUGUUUUGAUCAACAUAAUAAUUUACUAAUUAUUUACCAUCAUUAACUAAUCUCCUUUUUCCUGUUCACGUUUCAGCGCACUGUACAGGCACAGGGUGUUCCUGACCAUUUUUUUUUCAAACGGCGAAGCGCGGCUACAAACACAUUGAAGGUUUCUUCCACCCUCGUGGGAGUUAUGCGCCCUAUGCUUCAUAAACAUAAACAACACCCGUGCGGUCACCCAUACAGCCAUCCAAAUCAUGAGUUUCGUACGCACGCCGACGCAGUUUAUAAAAAAAAAAACAAUACCCGGCAAAAUCGUUCCGUCAAUCCAGUGGAUGUGUUUGUGAAGUCAUUUACGGCGGGUUUUUUUUUCACGUACCCUUGGCGGGUCUGGCUAUCUUUGGCAAAUCAUAUUCCAUUCGCAUACACCAUUCAUCCGCCCAAGCGUUUCUUAUCUUUGGUGCCAUUUUUCUUCUUCCUUGUGUGUUGGCCCCUAAAGAUUCACUUGUGUGUCUAUUGCUGAUUGACGACAUAAAAAGGCUACCUUACAAUUGUUGCUGAUGUGGCCCACAUUGUGGUGACAAGCGCUCUACCGAUUCCGGUUGCGAAUCAGAAUAGACGAUCCACAGUCUAAUUGAUCAAUUGUGCGCCAAUCCGUACACGAAGUCAAAUCAGUUGCCUCAAACUCUACUGUCCCGAUAAGAGUGCGAUAAGGACCAUCCGUCGACUGGGAAGCAAACCGUGUUCAGUCGUAACUGUGUGUCGACCGGGUGACGGUUUCAGCUUUUUAAGCAAAAAAGCACGCAAAGCAAGCGAUAUCUUCACCAUGGAUACUCCGAGGGCUGCUGUGAAGUUGAGUGAUAUUUCAGCGAAAUUUACCGAAGAAACGCUUGACGAGAUUGUACGCAGUGCGGGCGGUAAACGGUGCAUUAGCUGGAAGAUUCCGGAAACUAACUUCACCAAGGGAGAUGCGUAUCUGAGUGAACUGUACCGCAUACAGCUUACCGGCGAACCGAACGAACCGGACCAAGAACCGAUGGUGGUGAAUGUGGUUGUGAAGACGAUCCCGAAGAAUGUUGGACGUCGGAAUACGUUCCGGUCGGCGGAUUUCUUUCGCAACGAGGUCAACUUCUACAAUGUGGUGCUGAAGGAGCUGUACCGUUUUCAGGAGGCGCGCAAACCGAAGAAUCCAUUCAAGGACAUUGAUAGGUGCUUUGUUGCGUACACGGACGGUGUGAAUGAUUUCGUCGCAAUGGACGACCUUGGUCAGUACGGGUACAAGACGGCUUCAAGGAGCAAAGGAGUCGAACUGGACGAAUGCCUUCGCUGUAUCCGUUCGUUGGCGCGCUUACACGCAUUAUCGUUUGCAAUGAAGCAGCAAGAACCGCACACCUUCCAGACGCUUGUGGACCAACUGCAGGAAACGUACUACAGUGCCCGACUCGAACCAUGGUACCGGAACUUUAUGCAGCGUUUAGUCACCAUCUCCAAGGAAGCGCUCGAGAUCGAAUGUGCGGAAGAUCCGGAAGAAUAUCCGCCCUGUUUCAAGCGUGCGGUUUUGGAAUUCCUGGACGGAAACAUCUACGGCAUGAUGGUUGAAUUGACGCACUCGCGCAACCAGUACUCCGUACUAACGCACGGUGACUGUUGGUUGCCCAAUUUUCUCUUCCAUCCGGUAAGCCACGUUCGUAUGAUCGACUUCCAGAUGGUUCGGUACGGUUCUCCGGUGCUGGACAUCAUCCUUUUCGUGUACUGCUGUACCGAUCAGGCACUACGUGUGCAACAUUACGAGCAGCUGCUGAGUGCUUACUAUCAAAGCUUUAGCGAACUGGUGAGCGAUCUUGGCACGGAUCCAGCCGAAACGUUCCCCGCCAGCGUACUGAACAGCGAAUUAGAACAGUUCGGUCGGUUUGGAUGCGGUAUUGCGGUGGAAUCGACGCCACUUUCCCUGCUGGACGAAUCGGAUAUUCCGGAUUUGGAUAGUAUCGAGGGUACGGAGGCGGUUCCGCUGGAACAAAUUAUGACGCUGCGAAGCAUCAAAACACGGUACGGUCGUCGCCGUUUAUUGAAUGUGUUCCGCCACGCACACGACUGUGGUUAUUUGAAAUGAUUUGUGGAGAAACAAAAAAACUGCUGUAAAAAAAGAUAAACCGUCUCGAUUGUGACUAUUGAAUCCUUUUCCCUUUCUAAUUACUUUAUUGAUGUUUUAUCGUCCUGCUCAUCAGAGGUUCAUUUGUUACCCGGGUACACUAUAUGCAGUUUGCAAAUGCGUUUUGUCGCUCUCUUGUAUUCACUUUUGUUUUCCUUUUUUGAGAAGUUUCGUUUGGUUUUGUUUGCUUAUUAGUCUUAUACGAAUUUCAUUUCUUUCCGUUUUGCCCCUUUUUGCCUUUUCACUUUGCCUGUGCACGCAACAAAAGGACUUAGUUUUUAGGAGAAUGGUUUUAAUUAAUUGUUACGUCUUUCUAUUUUGUUUUGUUUUUUUUACAACGUCCACAAAUGCAUCCACCAAACACGAAUUCCUUUUCCAUGCUUUUCCCGUUUUUUCUGUCAAUGAUGCUGCUUUUAUUUACUCAUGUUUUUUUUUUCGUUCAUUUUUUUCUAGCUUUUAUGUGUGUUUGUUUUUGCUUGUUUUUUUUUCAAGAUUUCAUUUUAUUAUGUUGUUUUUCUGUUGUAGUAUUUCUAUUGAAAUAUUUACCCUUCCUUUCAUUCGUGCUUUCAUUCCCGCUUAUAAGUGCGGUAGGAAAGAACGCGCCACAACAGUGAUAAUGCUUAGAGUAGUAGCGAGUCUUUCAUCGUCGUUCAAAACUAAUCGGAAGUGAUUAGUAGUUUCGUGGGUAUUUUUUGGGGGAGAAAUUUUAUCGAUGCAUUUAUAGUAUGCAUUAAACAAGAUCGUAUGCGUGAGAGCAAAAACCAUGAUGCACCAUAUUCCUUUCCGCUCCUGGGAUAGUUAUGACGUUGUACAGUGUAAUCAUUGUGAGUGAUUGAUAAGAUGGAAAGAUAAAUAGAUUGUAACGUAUUAACGCAUCGUGUGCAUCAUUCAUAUUUUGUAACAUUCGAAACUUGUCAAACAAUUG